AUGAGCUCGUCCAAUAUAUCACGACAGGAGCGGCGAAAGAAACAAACACGUUUGACGUUCGAUCCGAUCUCCACUGAGGUACCUUUAGCUUUAGCUUCACCUGCUAAAAGUCAAGGACCAUCGCCUGCAAAGGUCAGAUAUGAGAAAAUGAAUGGUGAUGCAUCUUUGGGAAGCGGAGGGCGAGUUACACGCAGCGGUAUGUCUUCAGGAUCGCCAGCGAAAGCAGUCUCUGGUAUCAAUGGAAAGUCUGGGGGAAAGAGAAAGAAUACGAGAGAUGGAAAGAUCAAUUUUGUAUCGUUACCAACGCCUGCGAAAAGCUCGCAGAAAGACGACACUAUUGUAGAUACUGGAGUAGUCAGCGGUUUGCGUCGAAGCGCACGAGGAUCACAGGUGAAUAAAUCAAUUACUGAGUACGCCACUGAUCCAACAGAUAAGCCAGAUGAGUCCACAUUUGAAGUCGAGGCAACCACUCCAUUACAAAAGAACAGGAAAAAAAUUGCUGCUACAGAAACCACGGAUGAUGAAUCGGAUGUCGAUAUCAAAGGUUCUACGAGAAGAGGUUCUGGAAGCGGUUCAUCGAGGAGACGUUCACUCACCGGUCGAGGCUUCAUACAAGGCGGGAGCACAUAUAAUGCCCCUCUUCCUUCUUCUGGAAGUCGAGGCAAAGCGCUAAAGACUCUGGUCCAUAGCCCCAAACCUUCGACUCCUUCGACGAGUACUCCGAAGAGAAGAUCGGUAACAUUAUCAGACACAAGUGACGAUGACGUAUUUACAUCAAAGCCAAAGCCUUCGCAGCGACCUGGCCUAUUUAGUCAAAAACCAACUGCACCAAUUCAAAGUAGUGAUGGAUCUUGUGAGGAGGCCGACAAUGACUCCGAAGAUGAUAUACUACCAUCUUCAACCAGACGCCGACAAGCAGCACGGAUAAUACCUCAAGUCCAGCUUGACCUCGAUUCAGAUGACCCAGAUGAUGAGCCCCCUACCUCACCCAUGAAAAGAAAGCGUCCAACGAUUAUUUCCGACGAUGAGGAUAGUGAUCUUGGAUCGCCUGUGAAGAAAACGAAGGUCGUGAACAAGAGCGAUUCGGAUGAUGAUUUGCCACCUAUGACUAAGCUAGCUAAGACGACGGCCCCUGAAUCCGAUAGCCCGGUUUCUUCUCCACAUGUCAAGCGAAAACUCCCCGCCAAAAAGCAUAGAACUGCCAAGCAGAAGCAAUUAGAGAUUCUCAAGCGCAAGCGUGCUGGAGAAAGCAACCCCAUUCUUACAGAUUCUGAGUCUGAUGAAGAAGAGGUUGGUGGUUUGUAUGAUUCAGGUAGCGACGCAUUGACUACCUUUGAAGAUGAAGAAGAUGAAGAAGUAGAAGAGGAGGUUCAAGAAACACGCAAGCGAAAGUCACCAAAAAAGCCUGUACAGGAGAACGAGGAUAAAUACGAUUCCGACUUUGUUGAUGACGAUGAUGAUGGUCUUAUUGGAGUUCCAGAUUACGCUAUGAUUCCUCUGCAUCUCACAGCCGCCGCUCACAAGCCUCUAAAAGAACAUUUCGUUGAAGCGGUUGAAUGGUGUGUCCAAAACAAAAUUAAUCCUGGGUUUAGUCAAAAUCUUAUGCCUAUCUACAAAUCAGCGUGGAAUAAGCUCGAAGAUGCGUAUAGUGGGCUUUCUGGUAGCAAAUUCGUUUCUACUUCAUGGACUCGCGACUUUACCAAAGCUCUCUACGCCCGUCCAGAAUUCCACACUAGGAGGCUUUUAUCUGGAGAGGCAAUAGAUCUGUUAGGCGAGGUUAAAUGUGAGGCAUGUAAUCGUAGGAAGCAUGUACCGACGUGGGGUAUUUCACUGAAGGGUUCUGCGUACUAUAAGGAUAGUUUGGCCGAGGUGGAAAAGGAUGAUAGUGAUACCGAGGAAGAUGACGAGGAAAAUUCUGAUGGUGAGAAGGAAACCCGAAGUUUAAACAGUAGAGAUGAACCUCUGCCUUCUCAAGACAAAGAGUUCAUGGUUGGCUCUGUGUGCAAAGAGAAUGCAGAGAAUGCCCAUACACUUAUUCAUUUGAAAUUUGCACUCAACCAAUGGGUCAUCGGCAGUCUAGAAAGUCAAGGCCAUCUUACCAUUGAAAAGCUUGCGAAGAGAGACAAGAUGAGCGCAAAGAAGAGACAGAAGGAAGUGAACGGCAUCGUGGAUAAGUGGAAGGAGGAGAAAGAAAUCAAGGAACUAUACAGCAUCUGGAAACAACAAUUGGAGACGGCGCAGAACGCCAGUACGACAGGAAGACGUUGA